GCACAGGCCGUGACGGUUGCUGUUUCAUCUUUGGAACUUUACGGUGGAGGACAAGACCUUUCUCCGCGCGCGUGUGUGACGACCCGUGACGUCCGUCCUGGAUUGGGCGGACUAGCGCGGCGGACCUGCAACCUUCCCGAGCUCUGGGCACCUUGCCGUCUGUUCUCGUCGCGUCUGGAUCCGGUGCCGUUUCCCCACCCAGCAGGCCCAGGCGUCCAGUGCGACCGCCACGGCGGGGUCACCCUGCGCCGAUCCCGCCAUGCCCCACAGCGACCCGGAUCCGCACACGGCGGCGACUGCGCUGAUGGACCCGGCUCAGGGCUAUGUGACAUUUGAAGAUGUGUUCAUGCACUUUUCCUGGGAAGAGUGGGAACUUCUUGAUGAAACUCAAAGAUUCUUGUACCUUGAUGUGAUGCUGGAGAACUUUGCACUUGUGACCAUACCAGGUUGUUGGUGUGAAACAGAUAAUGAGGAGGCACUUUCUGAGCAGAGCAUUUCCAUGGAAGAAGUGUCACAGACCAUAGCUAAAGAGUCAGGUCUAUUGAUCCAGAACACCCAACAACAUGAGAUGUGUGACCCACUCUUGAAAGACAUUUUGUACCUGGCUGAACACCAGAAAUCAUAUCCUAUGGAGAAACUGCACAGAUGUAUUGAGUUAUGUAGGAGAGGAUUCUCUGUGAGUGCAGCAUUUCCCCAGCACCAAAAGAAAUGUGGAGGGAAUCUCUUCAGAGGGAAUGAUGGAAGGACCUCAUUUGUGAAGAGCUAUACAGGCCACAGGUUAGAGACACCUUAUACAUGCAAGGAAGAAAGCGUGGACAUGCCAGACAGCCAUGGCCUCUUCCAGCAGCUGACCACACACAAUGUGGUGAGUCCUCAUAAAAGAACUGAGCACAUAGAUUCUCUCCCACACAGCUCCAGUCUCUGGAAACAGCAAGGAGACCAUGGUGGGCAAAUUAAUGCGAAUUACAGUGAUGAUGGGAAAAUAUUCCUGAACACCUUUCCUCAUCUUGACCACCAGAUAACUCAUUCUAAGUUGAAACACUAUAGAUGCCUACCAGGUGGAAAUGUACUCAAGGGGAAGUCUUCUCUUUUUAGUGACAGUAAAAUUCACAGUGGAGAAAAGUCUCAUGUGUGUAAGGAAUGUGGAAAGGCCUUCACUCACCUGUCCCUCCUAAAAAUGCACCAGAAAUAUCACACUGGAGAAACAUGUUACACAUGCUGUGAAUGUGGAAGGACGUUCAGCUGCAAACAUACACUUGUUCAACACCAGAGAGUCCACACCGGAGAAAAGCCCUUUAAAUGCAGUGCAUGUGGGAAGACCUUCAACCGCAGAGAUAAGCUUAUUGAGCACCACAGAAUUCACACAGGAGAAAGGCCCUUUAAAUGCAGUGAAUGUGGGAAAACCUUCAGCCAUCGUGACACAUUUGCUCACCACCAAAGAUUUCAUUCCGGAGAAAGGCCUUACAAGUGUAGUGAAUGUGGGAAAUCCUUUAGCCAAAGUUCCUACCUUAAUGAGCACAAGAGGAUUCAUACUGGGGCAAGACCUUUUGGAUGCACUGAAUGUGGGAAAUCCUUCAGUCGUAAAUCUAGCCUCCUUAAACAUCAGAGAGUUCAUACAGGGACAAGGUCUUACAAAUGUAACAAAUGUGGGAAAGCCUUUAGCUUCAAAGAUAUCCUUAUUCAGCAUCAGAUCAUUCACACUGACGCAAGGCCUUAUUCAUGCAGUCAGUGUGGGAAGGCCUUUAACCAUAAAGGUUCACUUGCCAAGCAUCAGAAAAUCCACAGUGGUGAAAUGCCUUAUGAGUGUGGUGAAUGUGGAAAGUUAUGUAGAUAUCAGUCCAACCUUAUUGCACAUCAGAGAGUUCAUACCAAAUCAAAGCCUUAUGAGUGCAAUGAAUGUGGGAAACACUUUGCCUAUAAUUCAAGCCUCACCGUACACAAGAGAGUUCACACUGGAGCAAGGCCCUUUGUGUGCAGUGAAUGUGGGAAAACCUACACUAGUAGCUCCCACCUUGUCCAACACAAGAAAGUUCACACUGGAGCAAGACCUUAUGAGUGCAAAGAAUGUGGAAAGGCCUUUGUUUAUAAGACAUGCCUCCAUCAACAUCAAAAAGUUCAUUCUUCAGAAACACUAUCAGGGAAACAGAUGAGAUCUAAAGAUGAAGCUGCCACCAAAAUACUGGCAGGGCCACAACCUCAAAAGACUGCUUCAAAGACUCCUGAAGUUUGGCUCCUUGGAAUUCUGAAGAGUGGAGCAGCAGACACUUAGGUGAUAAGUUCAAAGCAUUUACUGCCAGCACUAACAUUCAGAGAGGGCUUCACUUUGGGUACUCUUACACUAAAAUACAUGUACACAAAAAUGUGUCACAACUUCAUAAUAACCAAGAAUUGGCAAUCAUUAAAAUGACAGUCAUCUAUGAGAUACUUAGGUAAAUUGUGGAAGCCCUUAAGUGAAUGAAAACAUGGAGACUUAAACUUGUGCUUUCAUGUACCAAGAUGAAUUAAUUUCCUGGGAAAAAAAUAAUCCAUUUGAGGCCAACACAGGCCUUAACCUGCCCAAACUUUGGUGUUGCUAUUUGCCUCAUUAAACAAAGUGGAAUUUUUUUCUUCUGAAAAAACAAAAUCAUUGUCUUUGAAAAAUUCUACUACAUAGUUGGUUUGGUAUUUCCAUGGAAUAUAAGGGAAUGCAUGGUAGCCUCAUGAGUCUAGAGCUUUGAUUGAAGUCAGGAGUGAUGACAGUGGUUGUGAUUAGAAUAUCCAGAAUAAAGCAGUUUCUUCCAGAACUUAUUGUGAAUUAAGUGUUGGUUUUAUGACAAUCAGAAUUGCAUUAUUUAUCAAUAAUUAAAAAUUAUAGUCCCUUCUCCAAAUAAAUCCUUCAGUGACAACGACAUGUCAGACUUAAAACACUUACUAUAGAACUGAAUUGACAAGGUCAUUACCAGGCAAGUCUAAUAUAUUGUACAUGAUAAAGGACAGGAUGCUGGUCACAUUUGUGCAAUAUGAGGUUAGUGCCUGUAAAGCUAGUGGGGGAAUCUUUCCCUUUGCAUGGUUAGGGAUUACAAGGGAAUCUUGUAGGAAGUCUUCAAGCUGUGUACAGAAGAUUUUGUCUACUGAAUGUGUUUGACGUAUGCAUAUAUAAAAAAGAUAAACUAAGACACACCCCCAAAUUAAAAGGGGUAAAAAAUUUUUAGUAUGCUGUGCACAAGUGGAUUGGAAAUUUCAUCCUACUUUUGAGAAAAUGUUCAGCUGAGUUUUUUUCUUAAUGUUCUUCACAGGUUGGACCCUUACUUGUGUUCCAUGGCUAGUAGCCACUGUGUUUUCUUCUGAUGUGAGCUUAAUAUGAAUGGGACAACAUAGUAUGCUUUUUAUUACUGGAAAAAUUAUCCUAUUUGAAAAGGUCUUUGCUA